AUGGACGCUCUCUUCUCACUCAAGGGUGAGACGGCGCUCGUCACAGGCGGUACGCGGGGCAUUGGCGCCGCCGUCGCUAUUGCUCUUGCUGAAGCAGGCGCCGAUAUAAUACUUGUUCAGCGCAACGACACGGUAACAGAGACACAAAAAACAAUCGAGGCCCUUGGACGCAAAGUCAUCGUGUACGCAGCUGACCUAUCCUCCGCCACCGACGUAGCAGGUCUCAUUCCGCAAGUUCUAGCAGACGGCCACUCGAUCCGGAUCCUCGUAAACUGCGCGGGGAUCCAAAUCCGGCAUCCAUGCGAGGACUUUCCCGACGAUGACUUCAACGCCGUGAUGCAAGUGAACCUGAACUCCGUAUUCACACUAUGCCGGGACGCGGGGAAACACAUGCUUUCCCAACCCCCAUCUCCAAUCACCGGGCGUCGAGGCAGUAUCAUCAACUUCGCCUCACUACUAACGUUCCAAGGCGGAUUGAAUGUCCCGGCAUACGCAGCUAGCAAAGGCGCCGUGGGGCAGUUGACGAAGUCCUUCGCAAACGGGUGGAGUGAUAAGGGGAUCACUGUCAAUGCGAUUGCCCCGGGAUACAUUGCUACGGAGAUGAAUACCGCGCUGCUGAAUGAUGAGGAGAGGUUGGCUAGUAUUAGUGUGCGGAUACCGGCGGGGAGAUGGGGGACUCCGGAGGAUUUUAAGGGUAGUGUGAUUUAUUUGGCGAGUAAGGCCGGCGCGUACGUUAGUGGACAUACUCUGGUUGUGGACGGUGGAUGGAUGGGGAGGUAG